AUGACCUGGGCACCAUUGGCAGGUCACGUAUACUUAGAGAAAAAUGUUCUCACGCCCCUACAGGGACAGUUGAAGGACGGUAUUCCCGAGGGCAGGGGCGUCAUAAAAUGGUUGGACGGCAGUUGGUACAGAGGUGAAUUCCUGAAGGGCCUCAGGCACGGCCAAGGACUGCACGUGUCCAGCGAAGACGGCCGUCGCUGGUACAGCGGUGAGUGGACGAACGGCAAGAGGAAUGGAAGUGGUGAAACAGCCUGCUGCGUCAGCCAACCGGACGGCGCGUUGAAUUACUCCGGUGACUGGGUGGACGGGCGGCCGCACGGCACCGGAACGGCAAGUUGGCCGGACAAGACACGGUACACCGGUGGUUGGUCACGUGGCCAGCAACAUGGUCAUGGUAAGGCAGUAUGGCCAAAUGACCACGUGAGUUUUGCUUCGUAUAAUCACUCACUUAAAAGUAUCGAAUUCGGUUAG